AUGAUAAACAGAGAUGGAUCUCCUGAGUGCCGGGCUGUUGGUGGGAAUCCAGCAGCUGAUAUUUCCUGGAUUCCGGAAUCAGAUAAUGUCACUACUAGAAGGGGAAUGGAGUCGGACAAUACUUGGACAGUUAUUAGUACAUACAGCGAACACGGAAUCAGUGGGAGAGAAGUGAAAUGUAAAGUUUCUCAUCCUGCAUUUACUCAUCCUCAGAUAAUGUCCGUUCUAAUACCUGGUAAGAUUACAGUUUUUCAUUUGUUUGUUUUCCUAGAAUGUAAAUGCACUUCACCUAGAAAUAUAUACAGACUAUUUACAGACAAUUUUUUAAUUAAUUAACAACUUUACUACCAAGCAGUUCAUGUUUUACAAAUAUUAGUAAAUCUAGAUGUGAUACACUGAUGAUUGGUUUGUAAUAGUAAAAGUGAUAUUUUCAUUUUACUGAUCAGCGACUACAACAUGCAUCAGUAAUGAUACUCAUAUUGCAAACACCUGUGUCUUUGUUUAAACAGAUAUAGAUUUAACAGACUGCUUAAUUAAAAAUAUUUAAGUGUCAAUUAAUUAAAUCGGCUGCUCACACUUUCCAAUCGUGUGGAUUUCCCAAACACACUAAAAGCUCAAAAGUGACCCAAGGAAUAAACAAGCAGUGGAACACUAUUGUGAUAACCAAUUGGUGAAUACACAAAUACCUUAAUUAACUUGACAACUUUCAUUUUUUUUUCUGUUAUCCAAUUUUGGACCUAUAUACCUCCAUUAAAUGCUCCUUGACUCUUGUCAGCUGUAUGGUGGUAUGGUCCUUAAACAUGCAAACUUCAUAUUCUGUGACAAUUUAUAGGCUCUAAAUUUGUGAGUGUUUAUGUUACGACACGUACCGUCGGGUAGAUGAAGCCGCCGUUUAGGCAAUAAUCCCCUUCUCCAGAAAUGCAGUUUAAAUCCAGCCGAUCGCCAAACUCCCGAACGAAGUCCGCGAACACGGCAACUCCCGAUCAGCCAAACAGUCGAACGCCUUCCACAGCUAGAAAUAACGAAAACGCUGUCCCAAUAAUAAUUCCCCCCACAAACGAGACCAAGCUCCGUCUUGAGGGUCAAAUGAAGAUCUGUUUAAUGGGGGCUACCUGCCCGGUAUUUAUGCAGGUCUCCACAAGGUGGACACUCCCCGAGGGGACCUUGUGGAAGACUGUAACACAUAUUGGACAGUAGCCAAUCGCAGUGGCUUCAAUAAUAGCCCUUCCCAUCUUGCCCAUAAUUCCGUCUUCUUUACCUUGGAGAUAAUUGGGGAAGAAACCUAAUUAUCUCCCAAGGUAGAGACCAUCGCCAUCUUAAAUUACAGUAACAAAAAGACAUUAAAAUACAUAACUACAGAAAUACCGAAUGCAUAUGGUUCGUGUAACGUAUCCCCAGACAGCCUGGAUCUGAGGGCAUGUUUUCACCGAAUAGCGCUCAGAUCCGAUGUAUCUAGUCGAAUCGCCAUGGAGUCAAAGUCGUUCACCAGUCCUUCGGUAUACGAAUGACUCCAUGGGAUGGCUGUCGGGGUAAAAGUCCAUACGGAUGAAUAAAACUCCCGAACGACCGACGUUCGCAUGCCUUGUCGAAAAGGAAGGUAGGCAGCAGCUUUUCAGCGGUGUUCGGUAGUUUAAGUGUCCGUUUUUAGUUCCAUACAGUUUGUACCGAACACCGCUCUGUGUUCGUAUGUCCCAAAAUGGCCGCUGCCUCGUGGUCGACAUGCGAACGACGACCACCCGUACGAAUGGAAUGGAGAGGUGUCUGCGGUUAACCACAACGUUCUAAUUGGGGCCAAGAGGUUAACCAGCAGCACACUCCUCUCCUGGGUGGUCGUUCGUUCGGUAGUUUCAAUCGGCAUUUUGCAAAUACACGAACGGGGGUAUAUGAACAGGCAAUUCCGCGAACAAAGGGAAACAGACGAACCAACAAUGCAGAUGAAUCUGUCACACGGCUCCCCCCUUGUGGGACACUCCGGCAGACCCGGCUUGACCCUUUAGCGGGUCAACGUGGGGAUGACCGGACUAAGAUGGGGUGAGGAUGUCGGUUUGCCUGGACAAUCCAUCUGCGUUCCCAUUCUGCUUACCGGGUCGAUAAGUGAUGGUGAAGUUAUAUGGCUGUAGUGCUAAACUCCACCUCAGCAGUCUGCCAUUGUCUCCAGAGACCCGGUUAAGCCAGACAAGGGGAUUGUGGUCCGUCACAAGGUAAAAUUCCUGUCCAUAUAAAUACGGGCUUAGCUUCUUCAAUGCCCACACCAGGGCCAAACAUUCCUUCUCCACUGCCGCAUAACUCACUUCUCUGGGUAACAACUUUCUGCUGAGAUAUGCGACAGGGUGCUCUCCUCCAUCUUCCCCGACCUGGCUCAGCACAGCCCCCAGUCCAUACAUGGAAGCAUCUGUAUGGACGAGAAAACGUUUGUUAGGGACUGGGGCAGCCAGGACAGGGGCAUUCACAAGAGCUUGUUUGAGUGCUUGGAACGCAGCUUCACAAGCCGGAGACCACAGGACCUGCUUAGGAAGAUUUUUCUUGGUCAAGUCAGUCAGGGGUUUAGCAAUAGAGCUGUAGUCGGGGACGAAGCGUCUAUAGUACCCUGCUGUCCCUAGGAAGGCUAACACCUGGGUCUUGGUGAUAGGUGUGGGCCAGUUGGCAACUGCCUCUAUCUUGGCUGGCUCUGGCCUCUGGCUCCCACACCCUACUCUGUGACCCAGGUACUGCACUUCAGCCAUGCCUAAAUGGCACUUCUCUGGCUUCAAUGUCAGGCCAGCGGCCCAAAUUUUGUCCAGUACUACCCCUACAUGUACCAGGUGUUCCUCCCAGGACUCACUGUAGAUCGCAAUGUCAUCCAGGUAUGCACAAGCAAAUUCCUGGAAUCCAUCAAGAAGUCUAUCCACCAUGCGCUGGAAGGUAGCCGGGGCAUUCUUCAUCCCAAAUGGCAUGACCUUAAAUUGGUACAGGCCAAAUGGGGUGACGAAGGCCGACUUGGGGAUAGCAUCCUCGGCCAGGGGAAUCUGCCAGUAGCCUUUGCACAGGUCUAUGGUGGUCAGAUAGCGUCCCCUGGCAAUGCGAUCUAGCAAUUCGUCUACCCGGGGCAUCGGGUAGGCGUCAGUGGUGGUCCGCUCAUUGAGACGCCUGUAGUCCACACAGAACCGGGUGGUCCCAUCCUUCUUGGGCACCAGGACUACAGGCGAGGCCCAAGGGCUAUCGGAGUGUUCGAUGACCCCCAGCUGGGUCAUCUCCUGUAUCUCCUUCCGCAUUCCUUCCCGGACUGCUUCAGGGAUACGGUAAGGGGGUUGUCGCAGAGGGUUCUGUCCAGGGGUUUCUACCUUGUGUACAGCUAGGGUAGUGUAACCAGGUUCUUGGGAGAAGGUCGCCUGCUUUUCCCACAAAAGCUGUCUUGCCUGGCCCUUCUCGGUAGCGCUCAAUCUGUCCCCUAGCUGUACUAGGCUAGUAAGAUCCGUCUGGGGGUCCCUCUCUAACAGGUCUGGCAAGGGUAAACUUUCUGUAUCAUCUGCAGCAGGGGCACAUACUGCAGCGACAUUCUCCGGUCUCUCCUGAUACUCCUUUAGCAUGUUCACAUGGAAGGAUCGCUGGAUCCUUUCAUCUGAACAGCUGGCUAUAAGGUAGGUAGUAUCACAUAUCUGUGCUAACACCUUAUACGGGCCCUGCCAAGAUGCCUGCAUCUUGUUCGCCUUCACAGGUUUGAGCACUAGUACUUUCUGCCCAACCUGGAAAACUCGCUGUCGGGCACCCCGAUCGUACCACCUCCUCUGUCUCCCCUGAGCCACCUGGAGAUUCUCCCUUACCAUUAGGGACAGUUUCUCCAUGCGGUCCCGGAGUUCCAGAACAUAUGGUACUAUGGGGGUCCCUUCCUGCUCUGUUUCCCCCUCCCAGUGGCCUCUAAUGAGAUCUAGGGGUCCGCGGACCCUUCUCCCAUAUAGCAACUCAAAGGGGGAGAACCCAGUAGAUUCCUGGGGCACCUCUCUGUAGGAAUCUACAUAUCUGGCCAAAAGGGCAUCUUUCACUGCCCUGUAGCUGGUAAGUUCCUCCUCUGGGAUGGCCCGAAACGCCUCACUGGCCCGGCCGGAUAACUUCCCAGAGAGGAUGGGGACCCAUUCUCCUGCGGGUACCUGGUGUAAGGCACAUUGCCUUUCAAAAUCCACCAGGAACCCAUCGAUUUCUCCUUCGGCUUCUACAAAGUUCCGAAAUGCAGCAAAAGGUACUUUUCUCCUUCCAUUAUUAUUAUUAUAAGGUACCUCAGCUGCUGCAGCGCCUCUUCCUUGAAGCGCCUGUUGUGCUGCUACUGCUGCUUUCACUUGCACCACAAUAUCUGCUGCGGGGUUGGGGCCAAAAUGUGCCAGCCUGAUCUGAACUGCCCGGUUAAACUGUAUCUCCUCGGGUGUUAACUCCAGUAUGCCAGGCACAUUCGCUCCCCCCGCUCCCUGUGCUGCAUCCAUUUCCAAUAGUAUCGAAAUAAUCUCUCUUUUCUUGAGAUUACUCGCUGAUCGUCCUCUGCGUUCCAAUAUAUCUUUAAGGGUAGCACGCCUUAACUCCUCAUACUGCAUUUCCAACCUGGGAUGUGUAGCUGGCCUUCUGGGCUGUAGGAUUCAUCCCGUCGCUUGCCACCAAUUGUUACGACACGUACCGUCGGGUAGAUGAAGCCGCCGUUUAGGCAAUAAUCCCCUUCUCCAGAAAUGCAGUUUAAAUCCAGCCGAUCGCCAAACUCCCGAACGAAGUCCGCGAACACGGCAACUCCCGAUCAGCCAAACAGUCGAACGCCUUCCACAGCUAGAAAUAACGAAAACGCUGUCCCAAUAAUAAUUCCCCACAAGACCAAGCUCCGUCUUGAGGGUCAAAUGAAGAUCUGUUUAAUGGGGGCUACCUGCCCGGUAUUUAUGCAGGUCUCCACAAGGUGGACACUCCCCGAGGGGACCUUGUGGAAGACUGUAACACAUAUUGGACAGUAGCCAAUCGCAGUGGCUUCAAUAAUAGCCCUUCCCAUCUUGCCCAUAAUUCCGUCUUCUUUACCUUGGAGAUAAUUGGGGAAGAAACCUAAUUAUCUCCCAAGGUAGAGACCAUCGCCAUCUUAAAUUACAGUAACAAAAAGACAUUAAAAUACAUAACUACAGAAAUACCGAAUGCAUAUGGUUCGUGUAACGUAUCCCCAGACAGCCUGGAUCUGAGGGCAUGUUUUCACCGAAUAGCGCUCAGAUCCGAUGUAUCUAGUCGAAUCACCAUGGAGUCAAAGUCUUUCACCAGUCCUUCGGUAUACGAAUGACUCCAUGGGAUGGCUGUCGGGGUAAAAGUCCAUACGAAUGAAUAAAACUCCCGAACGACCGACGUUCGCAUGCCUUGUCGAAAAGGAAGGUAGGCAGCAGCUUUUCAGCGGUGUUCGGUAGUUUAAGUGUCCGUUUUUAGUUCCAUACAAUUUGUACCGAACACCGCUAUGUGUUCGUGUGUCCCAAAAUGGCCGCUGCCUCGUGGUCGACAUGCGAACGACGACCACCCGUACGAAUGGAAUGGAGAGGUGUCUGCGGUUAACCACAACGUUCUAAUUGGGGCCAAGAGGUUAACCAGCAGCACACUCCUCUCCUGGGUGGCCGUUCGUUCGGUAGUUUCAAUCGGCAUUUUGCAAAUACACGAACGGGGGUAUAUGAACAGGCAAUUCCGCGAACAAAGGGAAACAGACGAACCAACAAUGCAGAUGAAUCUGUCACAGUUUAUUAGGGGUAGGGUUAGGCCCUUCGGUUUGGUUCGGCACUUCCGAAAUUUAGCACUUUGGGAAUUUGGUUCGGCACUUCCGAAAUUCGACACUUCAAUAAUUCAUCAAUUUGGCAACUCGGAAGCAUCCGAAUGUCUGAAUUGCCGAAAUUCUGAAUUGCAAAUGUCUAAUUUUUAAUCUAAGUGUAACUACCUCCUGGUUUGGUUUGUUUGUCUGUUUAUGUCUCCAAAUUAUUGUGCAGAAUGAUGUGAAAUGUUUAUCUGAUUUAACAUGUUUCUGUUUUCAGAUGUCGUUGUGUCUGUUGUCGCUGGUUCUAUUGGCAUUCUACAUUGUGCACAUGAUCCCGGAGAUACAUUUAUAAUGAUCACAUGGCGAAUCCAUCCUCUGUAUAAAGAUCCCUGCUACAUGUCACUCUUAGACAGUCACACCCUCAAAACCUGCACAGAGAGAGCAAUACAGGACAAGAUGUCGCUGAGAAUAUUGAAUACUGAGAUAACCGAUACUGGGAUAUACACCUGUGAAGUGGUAACUGACGAGGGGAAAUUCCCAAGCAGCGUUCUGUUACAAGUAAUAGGUAAGAAAUAACUUAUUAUAAAUACUGAAUUAUUAAUAACUUUUACUAAUACUAAAUUAUAAAUAACUACUAUUAGUUACUUAAUAACUCCUACUAGUUCUUGAAUCAUUAAUAACUUUGACUAGUUACUAAAUAAUACAUAACUUCUACUAAUUGCUGAAUAAUAAAUAAUGUUUAAUAAUCCUCUAGUGGAUAGGUUCCUUAGCAACACCCACUAAAAAAAAGCCAUGUACUUACCAAGCCCUAAUAAUAGUGAGGGGGGACAUCUGUUAAAAUAUAUAUACUUACCAUCAGAAAUCUUCUUUCUUAAAAUUCUUCAACCCCCAAAGAAGACCAAAUAAAUAAAAAAAAUGUCAUUACCCUCCUUUAUUGAAUUAAUUAGAGCCCCCACCCAUCACCCAUGGUUGGGGCAAUGGAGGGCACUAGGUCCUCCCCUGCACAUUAUGAUUAGGGUCCCCACCUACCACAAAUGGGUGGGAGCUAGGGGGAGAACAUUAGGUCAUCUCCCUGAUCAUUGGCAAUCUCAUGUCCCCCCUUAUUAAUAGCUCACAUCUGAGGGCCAUACGUGGGGGAAUAGUCAUUACCAAAUGCCACUUAAUUAUACAAUAGCCCUCUCCUGCCUGCCAUGGUUGGAUUGUGGGUGUGGCGUAAUCGAGCAUGUCCUCCAUUUACAUAUUAAAUGCCUGGACCUGCUACCAUGGGUGGGAGCAUAGGAUGUGUCUCAGUGGCGUGGCCUACUGGCAGUGACCCUCCUCCCACCUUCUGAAACCUGACAGCGAUCCUGCUCUGCUAGCCAGGUCUCGUCCAUACGGUGCAGUGAGUUAGAGAAAGAGGCGGGGUCGGAAGAUGGAAGUGAGGUCACUUCCUGUGCUCUCCUGUCCUGUAGUUUGCUGGCAGAGACACCAUGUAUUUUCUCCCCCCUCCCCGCUCAGAUCCCCUUUCUCCCUUCACAGACCCCUCCUCUUCCUGCACUCAGACCCCCUCUCUCCCCUGUAUAGACCCCCUCUCUCCCUUGUAUAGACCCCCUCUAUCCCCUCUAAAGAUCCCCUUCCCAGUAUAG